AACAACAACAAAGUCCAUUAACCGUCAUCAUCUUUUUUGUGUCUUAAACCUUUUCUAUUAAUUUUAUUUCUUUGUUUUAAUUUCUCUUCCAUUAAAAGAAUAUUGUUAAUUACUGUAAUUAGAAGUAAUUUAAUUUCUAUGAUAUUUAGGAACGAGGAAAGAAAAAGAGGAGUUUUAGAUUUGGAAAGAGUCUUUUACCAUCUCUGUCUAUUUACCUUUCUAUAGAUUUUCAUUUUCUCUUUCCUUUUGUUUGUGUCUACAUUUGGGCUUCUCUUUUUUUUCCAAUUUAUUUAUUAUUCUCUUUAUUUCUUUCUCUGUGUUUUAAUUGUCAAUUUGAUUCUGUGUGUCCUCAUCUUCUCCUCAUCAUCUUUGCAUUCAAUUGGUUUUCGCCUCUUUGUCAAGUGAAUAGAAACACAAAGUGAACAUACACAAGAUGAAACAUGUAACCCAUUGAAUGGUUAUCUUUUUGUUUUCUCAAUAUAUACUAUGUGAUGUUCAAUGGAUUUUUCAUCAAUUUCUAUUAUUUAUUUGCUAGUAAUUUAAUCAACCAUUGGAAACUGUUUCUGCAAAUCUUCCUCUUUAUUAUUGUUAACCUGUAAUUCUGCGAGUAAUCUCUUUGUUUUCGUUUCUUCUUCACCAUCAAAUCUCUUGUUAUUGUUUAUCAACUAUUUUUACCAAGUAAUUAGAGAGACACAAUUAUGAUUUGGGCUAAUGUACAUUGGAUUCCAUUAGCAGCCUUCAUCCUUCUUCCAACAACUUUCAUUACCACUUAUGCUUUAUCUGUCUAUCUACAUGAUGUUGCUCCCGAAUUUCCAUAUAUCAGUGAUACUGGAACAAAUAGUCCAGAGUCUUGCAUUUUCUCACAAUUUCUCAAUAUCACUGCCUUCCUUUAUCUAUUCACCAUCUAUCUCAGAUAUAAACAAAUCGAACAAUAUUACAGAGAUCAUCUAUCGCUAGAAAGUCCUAAAAUAAUGAGUCGCAAUCGAUGGUCACUGUUUGUUGGUGUAAUUGCUUGUUUAGGCCUUUCCAUUGUAGCCAAUUUUCAAGAGACCAAUUUAAUUAUUGUCCAUCUGAUCGGAGCUUUUACAUGUUUCGGAUGUGGAAUGAUCUAUUGUUGGAUACAAACUUGGAUCUCUUUUAAAGCCUAUCCAAUUGUUAAUAGUCGAUCUUGUGCCAUUUUUAGGUUCUUCUUAUGCACCAUAAUGACAAUUACCUUUGUUAUACAAAGUGUUUGUGGUCCAUUAGCCUUCAAAUUUUAUGAUGGUGAUAAUCCUAGAAAAUGGACAAUCAAAGAUGGAGGUUAUUGGUUACACAUUUCUGCUUCGAUUGCCGAAUGGAUAAUGGCUUUAAGUUUGGAUAUAUUUAUUGGUACCUACAUAACUGAGAUGAGGAAAAUUUCCAUGAGCAGUCCCAAAGUUUUAUUCUUGGUUGAAAAUGUUAAUAUUCUAUCAGCCAAUUAUCCAUUCACCAAUGAUGAUCAGGUUGAAGUUUAUCAUGGAUCAAAUUCACCUGACUCCCUACGAAGAGAUAUUAACUCUUUACACACCAACUUCCGUAAUCGUCCCAAUUCAGGUACUGGUAAUGGUGGAGGAGUUCAAGUAGGUUCCAUCAAUAAUCAAGUUCUGAUUCAUUGAACAUGAACCCAGGAAAACAAAUGUAAAAGAAAGACGCUCACAUAAACACACAACCAAAUUCAACAUCCAAAUGAUAACAAUAACAAAUCAUAAAUCACAAAAAAAACACUGAGUUAGAACAACAAACAGAGGAAAUUGUUGUUCUUUUUUUUACCAAUUAUAACAAUCAAAUGAUCAUCACAACAAUAUCAACAAAAACUUUUCAUUCUCAGAAAAUAUUGUUCCUCAUCGUCGUAAUAACCAUCAUGCUCACAUCAAUUUCACUUUAAUUUUCGUCAUCAACUACCCGCUUGCUAUCAAAUCAGAUCUUCAUUUAUAUAUAACAAUUUGAGAAGAAUCAUCAUAAUCUCUUUCUCUCUCUCUCUCAUUCUAUCUUCAUUAUAUUGGGUAAUUGUCGAUGAGGAAAACAAAAUCGAACAAAUUUGAUCAAAAGCCUAUGACCAACCGAAAGGACUGUGUAUUCAAUUGCGUCUCCAUUAUUGACCAUCUCUUAAUCAUCGUCAACUUAUAAUAUGAAACAAACUCACGUAGCCAUGAUGAAAUCUUUCCACAUCCGCAAUUGUGUCCUAAUCACGAAAAUCGAAGAGCAAUAUUUGGUUUUUUUUUCGUGUUUGUGUCCAACUCUCUCUCCUUCUUGUCAUCUUUACACUAUUAUAAAUAUAUAAAUAUCUUAUAUAUAUUGAGCAUCAUAAUAAUUUUUUAGUAGAUUCAUAUUGUAUAUCCUUUCUGGAAGUGGAAACUAAACGAAAUUAGUAGAAAGAUGACAAUUGAUGACAACUUUGACACUUUCGAUUAUUCUGAUUCUUCAUAUAUACAUAUUUAAAUUGUUUACCAUUCACCAAGAAAUUACAAUUAACAAUCUUUUCGACCGAGGAUGGAAACAUCUUUACCUUUCUCUCUCUCUCUCUCUCUCCACCUUUACAUCUAGAAAAUAUUUUUAAUACUGUUCACUGAUCUUUUAAUCAAAGAUUCAUGAUGAUGAUGAUAUUUAAAAACCUCCAUGAAAACUGAAGAUUAUCACCAAUGAAUUAAGCUGAAAAUCGUAAAUGUCUCUUUCACCAAAAAGGAUUAAAUAUUAUUGUUAUUAAGUAAA